AAAACAUCCAAAUGCGCCGUAAUGAUUAACAAAGAUUCCAACGCGACAGAGUAGAUCAGAAGGUCUCCCGCGUGGAUAAGACUGGGAUAUUAGUGUCUUCUCGCCAAAUCGUUUAGCGUACGUCCCGAAUUUGCAUGCAACACACACACAAAAUCGAAUCGAACGUUGAAAAGCCAGACGACGACAACGACAACGACGCGCCAUCUCCCCGAGCCAGAGCUUAGCGACAGCAGCGAUUAGAGGACAGUCACAAUGGCAAAUACCAGACUUCAAUACCGACGACGGAAUCCGUACAACACACGGUCAAACAAAGUCCGCAUCAUCAAGACCCCAGGAGGCAAGCUCCGAUACCUUCACAUCAAGAAGAAGGGAACAGCGCCAAAAUGCGGUGACUGCGGUAUCAAACUCCCAGGCGUUCCCGCCCUCCGACCCCGUGAAUAUUCUCAGAUCUCCCGACCCAAGAAGUCUGUGUCCCGUGUCUAUGGCGGCUCCCGCUGCGGUGGUUGCGUCAAGGACCGCAUCGUCCGUGCUUUCCUUAUCGAGGAGCAGAAGAUCGUGAAGAAGGUGCUGAAGGAAUCACAAGAAAAGGCUGCUGCUUCGUCGAAGAAGCGUUAAUCUAGUGAAGGUGGGAGGUGGGAAGUUGCUGUGGAUAUUGUUCGAUUGUUCCGGCGUUCCGAGGGACGAAAAUGGCGGGAAACCACGACAUACGGAAGGGUCAGUCAUGGCUGUGAUUUUUCUUUUUUCUUUUUCCUUUUUUUUUUUUUUUUGUUUUCUGUUGUGCCAUUGAUGUGAUCUUAUUCCAGUCAAUGAUGGGUUGAGUUUGCUUGGUUCUGGAAUGUCCCCAGGUUUCCGCCGAGAUAGAAGUGUAGGCAAAUUUUCAAUCCAUCACAUAUUCAAAAAUAAAUUUAACGUCAUUUCAUCCUAUGAUUCAGCUUCUCUAUUCACUGAUAUUUCACAUUUCCGGUUAUUCGCCCCUUCUGAUUCCGACUAACAAUGUUUCCUUUCCAACCCUUCUUUUCCUAAGGGCUUAUUUGUCUGUUUCUCGCAAGGAGAUAGGCAGUCAACGCAUAUGAGUUCCUCAACAGUCGACCAAUCAGCUAUCUAGCUAGGUAGUUGAUGUCUUAUUCCCAUUACAGAAAAACCACAGUCGUACUGUGAGACCGGUCCAGGUUCGUACAAGUCAAGACAACCCUUAUUGUCGUAGGAUAUAUCAAGGUUCAGAUUUUCCAUCCUGGAGCUACGUCGUUGCCAGUCCCAGGAAAAUCUUGUGCAACCCAAAAAUAUCCAAUGCUCGCGAAGUCCCAACUUUUUCGAAUUGUUUCACCCUACCCGUGGACGUUUUUGAUGAUAUCAACACCACGCAGUGUGUAAUCUUUCGCGCCCUGUCCGGCUUCAGGAAUAUUUCAGUUGAGGAUAAGUGUCGUACAUCCCAGCGGGUGACUACAGCGACAAUAAAAACUAGUUUAGUUCCGUGAGGCUCGGUGUUUUCUAAUUUGAGGCUACCAUGCAAAACGAUGCAGGGCUAGCCUCACAGGUAUUGGUGAAGCAGAUGCCAGGCUUGGUCUAUGCAUCCCCGGGAGGACGGGUAACUGUGAACCUGGAAUGCAAUAGUAGCCCUGCUUCAUUUGUGCAGUGGUCGCAGCCUUACCACAACAGUCCUACUGCAGAAAGCCAACAUUGAUGCGUCACCCUUCCUUUGCAUAGAAAUGUGGGACGCUUUACUUGCAAUACUUACAACGCGACCAUUGAGGAGUACA